AUGGCGCUAUACGGGACCUCCGACGCUUUGAUGUGCAGGGCGUUCCCGACAACCCUACGGGGUCUGGCCCGCGCGUGGUACAGCGGUCUGAAGGCUGGGACCAUCGCCUCCUUCGACCAACUCGCCAGAGACUUCGAGCUCAGUUUCCUGGCUUACGCUCGACCGAAACCAUCCGUAGCAUUACUCCUCGGGCUCAACCAGAGGGAGGACGAGCCCCUCUCCCAUUUUGUGAACCGCUUUACGACUCAAAUUCGCGGACUAUCGGACGCUCACCCCUCUCUACUGAUGCAGGCAUUCAUGACAGGCCUGCGGCCUUCCCGGUUCUUCUGGUCUCUCGUGGAGCGACCCCCUGCCGCGGUUCCCGAAAUGAUUCAGCGUGCUGGCCAAUUCAUCGCCGCGGAGACAUGGAUGGCCGGGAAGCGGGAAGAACACAAAAAAGUCAAGACGGAGCUGCCCCAACAGCAGCAGCCCUCCGCCUCCCGUCGCAGGUUGGAUAGAUCCGACCCCAGGUCUCCUCUCCCCGUCUUGAGUUCUUCGCAGACGGAAAUACUUCUCCAUGAGAAGGGGAAGGGAUUACUCAAGGAGCCCCACCCGAUGAGGAGCCCGAGAGAGCUCGCGGACCGCUCGAAAUACUACCGUUUCCAUCGGCAGCAUGGGCACGACACUGAGCAGUGUCGAGAGCUAGAAAGGCAGAUCGAGGAGCUCAUCCGCCGAGGGCAUCUCAACCACUCCCUUCCACCGGUCAAGGAGCCAUCACCUCACCCGGAAGGCCCCGUCGAACGACACAUCGACGUGAUAGCCGGGGGCCCCGCAGCAGGGGGGGCUCCGCGUCGGGCAGAAAGGCGUAUGCCCGGGCCGCUCCCGACGAAGCCUCGGGACACGAGCUCGAGCCCGAGAUUACCUUCCCGACCGGAGCUGCCGAGCGACCUGACCACGACGACGCCCUGA